ACCAUCAGCAUCAAUAAUAACUGCAUGCACGUGUUUUAGGGUUUGAGUUUGGAAGAAUAUAGUUUCUCUCCUCUCUCUCCCUGCACUGCACCCUCUAAUAUUUUGUGUAGUUGUUGUUGUUGUUGCUGAAGUCAAAAACAUGGCCAUUAGUCACAACACUUUGGCUUUUACCUUUGGCAUGCUUGGUAACGUCAUUUCGUUCUUGGUAUUCUUGGCUCCAAUAUCAACAUUUUACCGUAUAUACAAGAAGAAAUCGACAGAGGGUUUUCAGUCACUACCUUACCUAGUAGCUUUGUUCAGCUCCAUGCUUUGGUUGUACUAUGCAUUGCUCAAAAAAGAUGCUUUUCUCCUCAUUACCAUAAACUCAUUUGGAUGUGUGGUAGAGACCAUCUACAUCAUAUUGUACAUCAUCUAUGCACCAAGGGAUGCAAGGAACUUAACUUUCAAGUUACUUUCGGCAAUGAAUGUGGGGUCCUUUGCUUUGAUCCUCAUAGUCACUAACUAUGCCGUGCAUGGUCCACUUCGUGUCCAAGUUCUUGGAUGGGUUUGUGUUUCCCUUAGUGUUAGUGUCUUUGCAGCACCACUAAGCAUUGUGGCUCAAGUUGUUCGUACAAAGAGUGUUGAAUUUAUGCCUUUCAAUUUGUCAUUCACUCUCACAUUGAGUGCCACAAUGUGGUUUGGCUAUGGUCUCUUCCUCAAGGACAUAUGCAUUGCUCUACCAAAUGUGUUGGGUUUCGUAUUGGGGUUACUUCAGAUGCUACUGUAUGCAAUCUACAGGAAUGGUGGGGAAAAAGCUAUGAAAAAGGAAAAGAAAGCACCAAUUGAGCCACCCAAAAGUAUUGUUAUAGAGACCCAAUUGGAGAAAAUUGAACAAGAAAAGAAGAACAAGGAUGAUGAUAAUGAGGAAAAGGAUAAAAGUGAGGAACCUAUCGGUUGUGGAGUUUAAAUGUUUUUUUUUAGUUAAUUAUGUUGUUGUUUCGUGAGCACUACUAUGGCCACGAUAUCUUCUACUUUAAUUUCAUUUAGUUGUAGCUACAUGCAUGCAUGUGCUAGUGAUUAUGUCUUUAAGCUUUCACCAUUUAUCAAUCUUGCAUUGUAAAUCUUGCCAUCCAUGAAUUAAUGAUGUUUCACCCUUUCUUUUCAA